AUGAAGGUCUUAAUACUAGCAUUGGCAUUAACCCUUGUGGGUUGUCAGCAAGAAGAUGCCCAAACUGGUCAAACUCAAACUAAAGUUUUUACAUAUCAUUAUGAAUUUGAAUCUAUGACUAAACUUCCAGGAAAGGUGUCUUCCAGUUCUGGAAUAAAAGGUAUAUGUAAAGUGGAAAUCGGCCAUUUUACUCAAGACCAGAGGGUUCUGCUGUUUCAAUCCUGUGAAGGAUUCGAAUACAAUGGCGUAUUUCCCAAGGAUGACUACGUUCCAUCACCCAAAUUGACAGAAAUAUUUAACCACGAGUUCAAAGACCCAGUUUUGUUUCAGGAGAAGAAUGGGCUUAUUGAAAAUAUCCAAUUUUCACGAACCACCUCAGAUUUUGGGCGUAACAUCUUUAAUGGAGUAUUUAGUUCUUUACAAAUUACACUGAAAUCUGACCAGACCAUCUUUAAUUUAAAAGAGAUUGACAUUCAUGGUAGAUGCAACACAACAUACUUCUAUCGAAAUUCUGAGAAUCCCAAUGAGAUGUUAAUCACCAGAUCCAAGGAUUUAAAUGACUGUGACAAAAAGGUUGAAAAGAUUUUUGGUGCUGCAUAUAUUCAUCCAUGGACAAGCUGCAAAGAGAGAAAUACGCAUUUACAAAUUACAUCUACGGCGAACUACAGAGUGAAGUUGCCAGACAAAACAAUUAAGGAAAUUGACGUUUUGGAAUAUGGACUGCUCUCACUAUCCAAUGAGUUGAAUGGAGGAGUCGCCGAGAUCAUUUCCAGGCAGAGAAUUAAGCAUACUGGUAUCCACAACCGCCUGCCACAAGUGCCUACUGACAUGAAGAAAAAUGGGCCACCUGUGUACAUUUUUGACAGUGAAUUUCCUCCUCUUCCUAUCGAGAUGUUAAAGAACAAGGACCUAGUCCAGCAUUUUGAGGAUGUAUUACACCACUUGACAGAACAUCCUCAUGACAAGUUUCCUGAAGAUGGUGGAAUGCAAUACCUGCUGCUUGUCCAACGUUUGCGCACAUUAGCUGAACCAAAUACUUUUGACUUAGUGUUUAAAAAGCACGCUCAUGACCCAGUAAAGAGGCGCUUCAUCUUGGAUUGCAUCACUGCUGUUGGUAAUGGAAACGCAAUGAAAUUCUUAAGGCAAAAGAUAGUCCAACGAGAAAUCACCAACUUUGAAUCAACACAGGCACUAGUUUCGUUGUUCCAUUUAGGGAGUGCAACUCAAGAAGUAUUAGAUGAAGCUGUGAAAAUUAUGCCAGAGAUUCUCAGGGCCCCAGAGAGUCUCUCUCGCACAGUUAUCAUCAUGAGCUUUGGAUCAUUGUGUCACAGACAUUGUACCAUCUCAGCCACAUGCCCUGACAAGUAUAUCAAGCCUUUAACUGAUUUUGCAAAUAAAGCAGCCCGAACAUCUGAUGUAGAGCAAAUAAUUAUGUUUCUGAGGUUCUGUGGAAAUGUGGGUUUCCCAGUUGUCCUGAAACACGUGAUGAAGUUCAUGCCAACUUCUCCUGCUGCUGCAGCCGAUGUCAGAAUUGGACAAAAUGCCAUCCUCGCUCUAAGAAAUCUGGCCCUAAAAUAUCCUACACUGGUACAGUCAGCAACUCUUCCAAUAAUCAUGAACUACAGGACUGAAGUUGUAACCCGAAUCUUUUGUUACAUGGUUGCAUUUGAAAGCAAACCGUCUCUUCCUUUGAUGAUGACCUUGGUUUCUGCUGCUUUAAAUGAAACUAGCACACAGGUGGAAACCUUUGUCUACACUCAACUGAGAGAACUGGCUACUUCCACAGACCCUGAGUACCAAGAAAUGGCUUCUGCCAGCAGAAUUGCUCUCAAAUUACUGAACAGAAAGAUUCAACAGCAAGUUGGUAGACGAUUCAGCAGAGUUUAUGGUUUAUUCAUAGGCUCUGUUAUGGAUGGUGUGGGAGUUAGGUUUGUCUUUGUGCAUAAAGACGGGAGCCUGGUUCCAACAUUCGCAAUGGGCAAAGUCAAGACCGUUAUUGGCCAAAAUGUAGUUUUUCCUCUUGAGGUAGGAUUGACAUUUAGAGAUCUUCCUGAACUGUCAGAAAAGCUGUAUGCAGCCAGGAAACGUGUCAGGACAUCUUCUGAUUCACAGGAGUUUCAACAAAUACCCUCUGACCAGAAAACUGCAGUCCAUGAAUCAACAGCUGCUGAAGGAUAUUUCAGAAUAUUUAACCAAGAAAUCAUGUUUGGGAAUGUGAAGGCUAAAGACAUCCGGGAAAUAGUACAGGCAUACCAGGGAAAGGGGCCCAUCCCCUUCAUAAAGGACAUUUUGGCUGCCCUUAAAGGAGACUAUAAUUUCCAUAUGGAAAAGAAUUUAAUCACUGUGGAAAUGCAAUACAUUUUGCCUACAUGUACUGGACUCCCUAUGCAGAUGAGCGUGAAUCAUGUUGCUCACACAAUGGUAGAGGGAAAUGUCCAGUUAGUGACUACUCCAGAGCAAACAUCACGUUUAACUUUGCCUGACAUGAUUAAACUGAAAACCGCAACGAAUCUCAGAGUGCAAAAGGAUAUGUACAUGUCAAUGGGAAUCAUUACACAUCAAUUUCAGGCUAUGCUGCAACAUCAUGGCAAAUUGAAAGUAAAUCUCCCAGUGAAUGUUGACGUUGUUGUGAACAUUAAGGAAAAUACCUUUAAACUUGAAAUUCCACCCUGCAAGCAGGAAUCCGAGAUCAUUUAUCUAAGGUUUAACACGGAUGCUAUAAAUCGUAAUAUUGAAGAGGCACCCACUACGAAGUCAACUCCUGUUUUCUUUCCUGAGACAAUUCCCAACAUAAUAAAGCAGUCCUUUGAUGCUCCACCACCAGAAAUGUAUAGAAGAAUGGACACAUCUUCUUCAGAAAUCAAUCCAAUAGAGGAGAUUCAUUCAUCAGUAGACUCAGAACACCACUUAGUUCACAUAUUUAGGUGUUUUGAAGCAUGCACUUUUGGAUGUAAAGCUUGCAUUGAAUUGUUGUACUCUCGAUGUAUCCAAGGUGGCCCCUCAACCAAUGUUGGAAGUGAACGUAUUUUAAAAAUACUCAUCAUGCCAGCUGAUAUUGAAGAAAAAAUUGAGAAGUUACGAUUCACAAUCGAAGGAGGUGCUCAUGCUGUCAUACGGAUGGUACAUUUGUUGAGGAAAGAAGAGUUUGGGAAAAAGAAAACUCAGCGGGAACACAACUCUGACCAUUCAACACGUGGUGAUUCCCCGGUGGAGCAACCAUCCCUUAAUGAUCAACAGGAGCAGGAUCAACAGGAGCAGGAUCAACAGGAGCAGGAUCAACAGGAGCAAAGGAAUCGGGGGAAGCAAGAGAAUUCUGCCAAGAAGAAGGGUAGAAGCCAACAGAAAAGGAGAAGGGAGAGUAUCAACGUUAGCCACAGUAGACCCAGCAGCAGCAGUGACAGCAGCAGUGACAGCAGCAGUGACAGCAGCAGUGACAGCAGCAGUGACACCAGCAGCGACACCAGCAGCGACACCAGCAGCGACACCAGCAGCGACAGGAAAAUAAGCACUGAGAUUGCCAGCAGGAAUUCAGGACAAAUCAAACAUUCAAAGAGACCAGACAGAAACGGAAGCCGACAACGGUCUGUGUUCAAUUUCAACAGAAAGAAAACCAAACACGUAGUGUCCUCUCCCUACUUUCCCCCCUCUCUCUUUCUACAUUUUGUAUUACAUGGUCCAAAUCAGCAACAGCAUUCAUCUUCUGAAUCAAGCAGCGAGAGCAAAGGAAGCUCCAGCAGCGUUGAAUUGAACUUUUCACAAGAGGAUGAAACCUUUGAUGAUGCACAUCUACCUGCCUUCACGUUUGUGGCUGAGGCCGUGACAAGUAACAACAAAGAACAGGGCUACAAAUGUUCCGUGUAUGUAAAGAAGGAAACGCAAAAAUUCCAUGUCAAAAUGAUUGCAAGAGAACUUCCUGAAACAAACUUUAGAGUAUGUCUCGACAGCACCAUAUUACCUUCCAAAUUCCAGAGUUCUCUGAAACUGGGUAACCAAUGCCGGGAUUACAAAAUUCAAAUGGAGGCUUCUGAAGUCCGAGUUGAAAGACAUGAAGCGUUCCAAGUAGGCGUAAAGUACUCCAAGGUUCCACUUCUCCUGGAGAACAUAGCUUCACGGGCUAUGGAAUUCUUGCCUGGUAUUGCAUGCAGUUAUGGUUUCUGGCCAAUUCUUCAGAGGAAUCGUCCACAUGAGAUUGUGAUUAGAAUACUUGAAAAAUCAGAUACAACUGCUAUAACUAUUAGAUUGCCUCAGAUGACUUUGGACAAGGAUGAUCUCUGUGCUCCAAAUAUUUUAUCUGCAAUUCCAGCUCUAUAUUAUCAGGAUCCAGAAAUAAUAAACAUUGACUCUCUAAAUUUAUUUUCAUGGCUAGCUCAAACAGAUCAAGCCAUAUGUGAAAUAAAUGAAAGAAGGAUUAUAACUUUCGACCACAAGAUAUUCAACAGUAGUAUUAGUAAUACUGACUGUGACUUACUAGUAGCCCAAGACUGCAAGAAAGAUCCAAAUUAUAACCCACGUUUCCGCAUAUGGACAAAACGGAGCAUCCCUAAUCUUCUAAAGGUGGUUCAGCUCAAUGUGUCUUCAACACGGAUCAGAAUCUUUCCUAACCAAGGAAAAUUAGAAGCGUUCUGCAAUGAUAAGCAAAUACCGGUGCCUGGAAAGCUUUGUGAACCCUGCACAGCAAACAUUGAGAUUUGUGAGAAGAACAACACUGUUUGGAUAUUGGCUCCAGCACAUGGCCUGGAAAAUGUGACAUACGAUGCCACCACACUGAGUAUUAAAGUCACUUCAGGGAUGAAAGGCAAUACAUGUGGACUUUGCGGAGACAACAAUGGAGAAUUAAGAAAUGAAGGCCUGAUGCCAAAUCAAGAGCUGGCAUUAAGGGACACUGAUUAUUUACAUUCCUGGAAAUUAUCAGAA